AUGGCGGAGCUUCCAGGCUUCAGUGCCACGGUGCUGAGUGCCAAGCCGCUGCCGGAGAAGCAACAGGAACUCGGUCGCUUGUGUCUGAAUUUCGAGUUUAUGGGUCAACGCACCGAGUUCUCGGAUGUGCUGGUCGCGCGGCAAAAGGAUGGAGGGUUGAUUCCCGGGCCAUCCCUCGCUGCGAGCGAUGAACACAAUGCCCUGCAGCAGCUCGCCAACAAUCGCCUCAUCAUCACCUUGGCAGAGCUUUUCCGUGAAAAGAAGAAGAAGCAAGACACCGUUACGGUCAUUGCGACUGCGGCCAUCGAUCUGCUCCCCCUGCUCUGGGAAUCUGAUUCGCCCACCUUUGAGGUGCCACUGCCCCACGUUGUGGCCCCGAGCAAAUCAGACAGUGCCACCGAAACCCAUGAGCAAGUGCAAUACACGACCGUGUCUCUUCAACUCGAAGCCAACGCCGCUCUUCAAUCUUUGAAGAAGGAGCAACUUCACAACAUUGUGGAGUUUCACCUUCACGGUGUUUUCAAUCUACCCACCGCCAUCACGCCAGGGAGUGGGAUGCACGCCUACAAUGUGCAUGUCCCAUCCAUUGUGUCAGACCGCGAGCAGUUUGCCAUCCACUUUAGCGAUGGGAGAGUCAACCUGCCCACCCCGCUUGCCGAGGGCACCGAACCCAAAGCUUUGCAGACUUGUAAAUACGGCGACGUGGUUGAUGAGGCGGUUCGAGCGGAAGCCGAGCGCACCGCUUAUCGUGUCGCCUUUGAACCAUCGCUCUUCCGCCUGGUUCUCUCCUCGACCACGCAGAGCGAGCUGCAAGCCGCCAUUGCUGCUAACCGCGAAGUCACAGCUGACGUGACCCGUGACUUGCGCCCGUCUAGCGCUGGACGAACCAGUGCCAAGUCACGUCCCGGAGGCACCGAAGAUGUUCAAGGGGCCAAUCGAGCCCAUGUGACCAUUCCUCUGACGCCCAUCCUCUAUCCGGGCGAAACGAAUUGUGUGAUGAAUCUGGGCCUCCACGCCUUGCCUGUCCCAGAGACUGAGGGAGCGGCCAAUGAUGAGCUCAAGGUGCCCAAAACCUCCAAAGGUCGCAAGAUUGCCACGCCUCAACCCGAGACAAUGAUUGCUGAGGGCUCGGCUUUUGAGGAGGCGCAUUCAUAUUUGCAGCUGCGCCUGCACGUGUUUCGGCCAUUUGUCAAGGAACGAUCGCGUGCCGAACUUGAGAAGGACGUGUCCGAGCUCAUUCCUGAGCGUGACAUUCAGCCUUGCCACGCUGUCACUGCAGCCAUGGCGGACAACGAGUUCAAGGAGACUGUGACGAGCGUGGCGGAGGACUUGCUGAAUGUGUACCGACACACGGUGGCAGAGCACCCGGAAGACACGGCGACAGACACUCGCGAGCGUCUGGUCUAUCAUCUCAACGUGACUGGCCAAUACCAUGCCUUUAAGGAGCAGCUGAAGCAAAAGGUCUUGGCGAUUGUGCGUGAGCGCUUUGCGGGGGCAAGCACCGCCAUGCAAAAUCGCGAAACAAAGCAGGAGUUUAUCUCUAAGCUUUACGUCUACUUGUCUCAGCGCAUGCAUGCGAGUUUGAAUGGCCAUUUUAGCGGCACUUCGUCACAAGAGGGCGGUGAACUCAUUGUGGGAGCCGAGGAGUUGCAGACGAUGGCAGAUGAGGCCGAGGCCUUGGAGGAGCCGGACAAAGCCUCUCUGUACCAUGCAACAGCGUGUAGCAAGUCCCCGGAUGAUGCCAGCGUAUGGCUGCGCGCUGGUGAUUUUGCUUGUCGGCAAUGCGACUACUCUAAGGCUUUUGAACGCUAUCAAGAGGCGGCAUCUCUCGAGCCUAGCUCCAGCUUGGUUCUCAUGCGCUGCGCGCUGGCCAUGUUCAUGGAGCAACGCCCCGAGGACGCAAACAAAUUUGCUUCGCUGGCCACUACGGUUGCACCAGAAGAUGCAUUGGCAUGGUUGCUAUCGUGCCUGCUUCAUGGUGAACUUGGAGACGUGAUCAUGGAAGACAUGUGCUUGAACAAAGCCAAGACGCUGCAACCCGACGUCGCCGAGUUGUUCUUUGAGGCGGGUCGUGUCAGCGUCAAUCUCAAUCUGGUGUCCUUUGCCGCACGUUGUGUCAACGAACUGCACCUACGCCAACACCGCCCGUCGUCCACUGCCGAGAUUGAGGCUCGCUUGGCGCUGACCAACACACCGGCUGAGCCUGAGCGAGCACGCGAGAUUGCCGAUCAAGCCUUGUCCCAGGAUUACAACAACCCGAAUCUCUGGGUGAUUCUUGGCGAGGCUCACACAGUACAAAAGAAUGAUCACGAGGCACAACGGUGCUUCGCACAUGCAGUGGCGCUUGAGCAAACGGCCGACGGGCACGAGCGCGUCCUGUUGCUCUUGGGGCACCUCUACCUCAAGACCGAAGACUUUGAGGAGGCCAAGGCUGUUUUCCUUCAGGCCUGCACGCGUCGAGCCUCGGCAUACACGUGGCGUGGAUUGGGUAUCGCCUGUUAUCGCCUGUCCGAGUUGGCUGAGGCAGAGGAUGCGCUAGCUGAGGCCAACGCCUACGAUAACACGUUGGCCGAUGUGUGGGGUUAUCUCUGUCUCGUGGCCAUUCGAACUGGACGGCGUAUCGAGGCACAGCAGUGCUUCAAGUUGCACGGCCUUCCACGUUUCGCCAUGUCGCGAUCAGGCUACCACAGCGUCGUCUUCAAGGAUGGCGGGAGUUACAAGGGUAACUGGGAGAACGGCGUUCCUGCUGGCUGGGGCAUAUCUCGCGAUCCCCGCGGCAAUGAAUACACCGGGCAGUUUAAUGGUGGUGUUCCCAAUGGCAAGGGCUCGUUCAUUCAUGCCGAUGGAGAGCGGUACGAUGGCACGUUCAUCGACGGCAAGAAGCAUGACAUUGGCUACUGGAAGCACCCCGAGGGCGACAAAUACUGGGGCCAAUUUACCCACGAUGUUCGCCAUGGCUACGGAGUUUAUACCAACUCGCUGGGGCAAUCAUUCACUGGCUUGUUCAAUCAGGGUCAACCCUACAAACAGUGCGAACUGCCCGAACACGUGCGCCAGGCCAUUGCUGAUAUCGAGGUGUACGGCGAGGUUGCUGGCUCCAUCCGCCGCCCUGGCAAAAAGAAAAUUGAGACCGAGGUGUCGUCUUUUGCAGCCGCUCCAAGCCACAAGGAAGUCAUGAUCGCAGCCGAGUGCCCCUACGGCGAUCUCGUCAAGAUGAAACCUUCGGAUCCCAUUUACGAUGUGGCCUUUGUUUCCGGUGUGUCUCCGCAAUAUGCCCGCUUCCCCUCGUGUCUGUCAGCAGUUUGCGGUGCUGCCCUCAAUAUGCUAGAUGCACCGAGUUCCCAUGCAGUUGCCGAGGAGCAGAUUUAUGAUGUUGCCGAUAACAGCCGCCAGCCCUCCAUGCGUGGCAAGGCCCCGGCACCAGGUGCCUCCCACGAUACCUACUUUGCGGUUGGCACGACCUCGGCGCAGGCUAAGCAGCACGACACUUACAUGGACGUCAACGUGACUGCCCGCUCUGGCAAUCCCAGCACUGACAAUGGCCUGCCACCAGCAGAUGUCAACGCGCUCAGUGCCGGCAUGGCCGAUUUGGGCAUGGAAUCUUACCUCGAUGUGGGCGAACCAACGGAAGAUACCACCCUCUAUGACACGUCCAGUAGCUUGCCUCCACCUACUCAAGCAGGUGGUGCAGAUCCCAGCGCUGAGGGCAUUUACGACCUGGCCCGCAAGGGUUCUUAUGGAGGUAGCAUUGCAAAUCUGCCUUCCAAGCAAGCGUUGGCUGCGGCAGGCUAUGACUCGGCCGCUCGCUCACCCAGUGCCGCACUGUACGACACAAAGCCUGCGCAACCUGAUGGCGUCUAUGGUGAUGCGGCGCCUGGAACCUAUGGUGAUGCAGCAAACCCCAGCGCCGGGCUGUAUGACACGGCCGUACCGAGCCAACCGAUUGCUCGUAGUGGCACGAACCGAGAUUCGGCCGCUCGGCGGCCGGCUCCUCCCUUACCAGAACGUCCAGCUCGCCCCAUGAUGCCCCCGCCUAGCUAG